CAAUUAAUCUCCAAUGCCAAUUGACCAAGAAAGAACGGUCAGACAAGCUGGUCCUGCGUCCUGCCAGCCACAGUGCUAUACGGUAGGAGUAGGUGUACAGGAUGGUGAACUGGGUACAAGUGCAACGGAAAUACCUGCUAUGCCGGCUGGCCAAGAACGCCGGCCUCCGGCAGCACGCCGUCGCCGUCGACGACGCCGCCGGCACCGUCGUCAACUUCUGGCUUCCAGAGCACAAAGCACCGGCUAAGAAGAAGAAGAACGCCACCACUACUGAUGCAGAGAAUAACAGAGGAGAAGAGACGGAGGAGAAGCAGAGGAGCAGGCACGCGGUGGUGCUGGUGCACGGCUUCGCCGGCGACGGCCUGAUGACGUGGGCCUUCCAGAUGGGCCCGCUGGGCCGCCAGGGCUACGACGUCUACGUCCCCGACCUGGUCCACUUCUGCGGCUCCUCCUCCGCCUGGCCGUCGCCGGAGACGACGACCGCGGGCUUCCAGGCGGCGAGCAUCGCGGCGGCGCUGGGGAAGCUGGGCGUGGAGCGGUGCACGGCGGUGGGGUUCAGCUACGGCGGGUUGGUGGCGUUCGAGAUGGCAGCGGCGCGCCCGGGCCUCGUCCGCUCCGUCGUCGUCUCCGGCUCCGUCGCCGCCUACACGGGCGCCAUGAACGACGCCCUGCUCGCCAGGCUCGGCGCCCGGACCACCGGGGACCUCAUGCUGCCGGAGUCCGUCGCGGGCGUCAGGCGGCUCUUCUCCGCCGCCCUCCACAUGAAGAUGUGGAUGCCCGCUCGCUUCCUCGAUGACUUCCUCAAGGUGAUGUAUAGCAACCGAAAGGAGAGAGCUGAGAUGCUGGAAAACUCAGUGACCAAAGACAACCAAGUACCAAUCCUUGCUUUUCAGCAGGACAUGCUUCUGCUGUGGGGUGAGAGUGACAAGUUCUUCCCCAUAGAGGACGCCAAGAGGCUCAGAGAGGAGCUGGGCGAGAAGGCGAUCCUGCGGAGCAUAAGGAAAGCGGGACAUCUGGCGCACCUGGAGAGGCCCUGCGUCUACAACCGCUACCUCAAGGAGUUCCUGGCCCGUGUCAACGCCGUCUCAGCGUCUUGAUGUCCACCCACCUCCAUGGCUGGAUUUCUCUGCGUUUCACCAGAAUGUACUAUACUUUGACAAUACACUUGUUUGAUCGUACCGAGUACUUUGGGGUGAAUGCAUGUCGUAUCUUUAAUUGGUUGUGGUUAUA